AUGCCACCUUCCAUCCCAAAGCCAAUCGUCAUAUACGCCAUUAAUGGCAGUCAAUUCGUCUUCAAGGCAUUGGCUGCACUUCAAUCUCGUGAUGUUCCUCAUUACGUCACCUUUGUUCCACUUGGACGAGAAGCUCGAGAGAAGGUCCUUCCCGGUGGUGGAUUCCUGGUACCCCAAAUGAAAGUCGGAGAUGGAGAAAAUCCUACGGUAGUUACCGAUUCAGAAGAUAUUCUUCAUUGGAUUGAUGACAAUGUCGAAAAUGCUGGACUCUACCCCAACGAGAAGGCCAAGGAACUAUCCGAACGAGCCAGUGAUCAUACCUUGGCUGCCAUGGUCUGGUACUACAACAAUGUGGAUCCCACGGGAUACAGCAAGAGCAUCCAACCAUCCAUUCGAAAUGCAGUUAUGCCCUGGUUCGUUCCGUCUUUUAUUGGGAAUGGUAUCGUUACGAUGCUCACAAGGUCAAUGAAUGCAGAGAAACGAGAAGCCAUUGUCAAGGCAAUACCAGACAUUGAUGUAUCCACUUUGGACGAUGAGCCAGCCAUGCGCAAGAGAAUGAUUGCCGAAUUGGUGUACUUUCAGCAACAGUUGGAAACUCCACAUCAAAAGUACUUGCUACCGGACACGGACCGACCGACGGCCGCUGACAUUUCCGUCUACGCACAAGUGGCCCGACUACUCGCAGGUGGUACCAAUGAUUCGGAAGUCUUACCUUGCUGUCCCGAGCUAAGAGACGAAAGCGCAUUGCAACGCUUGUGGGAAUGGUACGAUCUGAUGAAGACGGAGUGCCAUGUAGAAUUCAAGGGAAAGCGGGCACCACAAUCCAUGUUGUAG